AUGGAAAAUAAGAAGUGGUCCAAUGUAGAAGGCAAGGGUACAAUUCAUCUCUUUUUUACUUCCAACAAGAAGGUUCUACUUACUAAUGUUCUAUAUGUACCUGACGUGAGUAGAAACUUUGUGAGUGUAGACUUUCUUAGAAAACUGGUCAUCAAGUCAAUGCUUGAAUCUGAAAAGCUUAUUUUAUCAAAAGGGGGGACUUUUGUGGGGAAGGGUUAUGCAUGCGAUGGAAUGUAUAAACUUUCAGAGGAGCAGGAUGGGCUUCGGAGUUCAGACACGAGAGGCUCACUCUCCUCUUCUGCGUUAGCUUCUCUCUCCACCACUCUCUCUCUUUCUUUGGUCGUCCUCUCGUCAUUCUGCCACCCACAGCCACAACAAAACGGUGGGCAUUUCUACACUCAAGCGAAAGACAGUGGUUCUCUAUUUGUGGAUUCUAAUAUUGAUUUUGUUCUGAAUAUGAGCUCUGCCUUACUUAUAUUGGAGCAGGGAGUUUGUAUUUUCAAGGCAUUGAUUCAAGGUAAUUUUACUCUGUUAUUUUUUUUUCAAAUGGAAGAUCAACCACAGGGUGUUAAAGAGAGUUUGGUGCAGUCACAUAACACUAAUAUGACUACUGAAAACACAGAAGAGUCAACUCAAAAUGAGGUAGAUUCUAAAACUGCAAAAGGAAAACGUAGAAGAAAAUUGACUUCAAAUGUUUGGUCUUGUUUUAAUAUGCUUCCUGUGGAUCAAGAUAAUCAAACACAAAGAGCUGAAUGCAAGCAUUGCGGUAAAAUAUAUAAUGUUGAACCCAAGUAUGGGACAGGAAACUUAAGUUGUCACAUGAAAAGUUGUGAAAGAAGAGACACUCGUGAUAUUGGGCAGCUAGUGGUUUCUCAAGACAAAGGAAUUGUGGCCUUGGGCUCAAAAAGGUUUGAUCCAAAUCACUUUCGUGAAUUGAUGACUCGUGCAAUAAUUUUACAUGAUUUGCCUUUUUCAUUUGUUGAAUAUGAAGGUGUGAGAGCUACAUAUGAAUAUUUGUAUCCUGGAAUCACUUUAGUAACUAGGAAUACUGCAAAGGCUGAUGUUGUUAAGAUGUAUGCAUUAGAAAAGGCAAGGAUUAAAUCAAUGUUGAAUAAUAAUUCUAGUAGAAUUUGUUUGACAUCUGAUUUGUGGACUUCUAUAGUGACUGAUGGUUACAUAACCAUUACUGCUCAUUUCAUUGAUAAAGAUUGGGUGCUACAAAAAAGAAUUCUAAAUUUUUGUUUCAUUCCUCCACCACAUUCUGGUGUUGCAAUAUGUUCAACAAUGUAUGAGUUACUAUGUGAAUGGGGAAUUGAAAAGAAAUUGUUUGCUCUUACUUUGGAUAAUGCUUCUUCCAAUAAUGUGACUGUUGAUUUAUUGCAAAAAGAUUUGACAGCUAAAAAUGCACUUCCUUGCAAUGGUAAAUUUGUUCAUAUUCGUUGUUGUGCCCAUAUUCUUAAUUUGGUAGUGCAAGAGGGGUUGAAAGAUAUAGAUGGUGUGGUUCUAAAAAUUCGUGAAAGUGCAAAAUAUGUUAGAGGUUCACAAGUUAGAAAGAAAAAGUUUCUAGAAUGUGUCAAUCUUGUAGGUCUUGACUCUAAGAGGGGUUUAAAGCAAGAUGUGCCAACUAGAUGGAAUUCAACUUUCCUUAUGCUUGAUAGUGCUAUAUAUUAUCGUUGGGCAUUUUGCCAUUUGGAAUUAAUUGACAGAAGCUACAAGUCUUGUCCUUUACCAUACGAAUGGGAAAAAGCUGAGAAGAUUAAUGAAUUCUUAGAACAAUUUUACAAUGUCACUUGUAGUUUCUCUGGAACUGAGUAUCCCACAUCUAAUUUGUAUUUUCCAUCAGUGUAUUCUUGUUAUUUUUCACUGAAAACAGCAAAGGAGAGUGAUGAUUCAUAUCUAUCAAGUAUGGGUAGUUUAAUGAUUGAGAAAUUUGAGAAGUACUGGAAAGAUUUCAGUAUAAUAUUGGCCAUUGCAGUGGUUCUUGAUCCUCGUUACAAGUUGAAUUUUGUGGAUUAUGCAUAUACCAAAGUUCAUGGUGUAAAGGGAUCACCACAAUUUCUUGAGGUAAAGGAGCAUUUACACAAAUUAUUUUCUGAGUACUCUACAGAGAAGCCUUCUAUGUCAUUAUCUUCUAAAAGUGAUGCUCCAAACACUUCCAGGAACUCAGUACUUAAAAAAAAUAAGACUCUCAUGAAGGACUUUUAUUCUUUUGAAAAUCAAGAACAAGCAGCUACACAAAAAUCUGAAUUGGAGUUUUAUUUAGAUGAACCAAGAUUAAGUAUCAAUGUAGAUUGUGAUAUUCUUGACUAUUGGAAAGGAAAUCAGUUUCGAUAUCCUGAGCUUGCUGCUAUGGCUCGUGAUGUUUUGAGCAUUCCUAUAUCUACUGUUGCCUCAGAAGCUGCAUUUAGUGUGGGUGGUCGGGUACUUGAUCAAUAUAGGAGUUCACUUAAGCCAGACAUAGUUGAGUCAUUGAUUUGCACAAGAGAUUGGCUAUUUGGAGAUAUGGAGAACACAAAAUCUAUUCAUGUGGCUGUGGAUACAAUUAUUGAUGAUGUGCUCAACUUGGAUAUCAAUGACCAUACAUAUUCAACAUCUUCUCAAAAUCAAAGUUCCCAUGACAAUGUUCAACAAGACAGUAAUGUAGUAAUGGAAGGUUGA